GAAGGGCUUGCGAGAUCUAGUGCUCGGUAGAUCAUGAUGUAUGUACGAACAACUCAGCACGUGGUUUUUUUAUUUUAUUCAUGUGAUCUGGGGGAACGACACGUCGUCGCGAAUAGAACUGAUCGCGGCGAUCAUCAUAAUGAAGUCCUGUCACCCGUAAAAGCUGUUCAGAUAUGUCUGAGAGUGCUUCCCAGGUGGUUUCACUGGUUUUCCGUGAAACUUCCAAGUCUGUCAUAGACUCCGUCUUAGUACCAUUAGCUUGCAAUCCCAAUGCACACGGUGACUUGCACAGCCUCAGGGCCGUUCAUUCUCAUAUACUGGCCAACUUUAUUUCCUCUAUUUUUUGUGCAAUCACCAUAGCUUGCGAAUUUCCACCAGCUUGCUACAAUUUGUAUCCCCCGUCAUGAUUGAAGCGAAGAUCUUGGAUCAGAAUGACGAACGCCUUGAUGCAUUGGAACCAUUCAAGACCCAUCUUUUACAUCUGCCAGCACUGCGAAUCAACACUGAUACCAUAACGGACACGAAUCAUGUUUUGCGUGAGCGUACCAACACCACUACAGUUGCAGUAAAGGACGCCAUUUCUCCGAAUAUAUUAUCUAACGUAUACUACACACCUAAUUCUAGCCGCGCAUGCGGCAGGCCCAGUCUCACUAUGAAGCCCAACCGCUUCAAUAGGGCCACUUCUAUCUGUGGAUCCCCUACAGAUUCUUUACGUCGCCAACGGCGUUACACUAUAGCGGAACAGGCCUUGGAGCAUGCACUCAAGAGUUGCACAAGGGAACGGUCGCCGCAAGAACUUCAGAUUCUCGCUUUGGAAAAGGCGACGGCUGCGCUCAGUGCACGUGCGAAUGAAUCCAGGGAACGUGCUGCCAAGUUAAGAGUGUGUCUUGCGGAUAGAGCGGUCGAUCCCAAGAGCUACACUGCCCUGCAAUCGGAUCGUUGGAUGGAAGAGCGACGGCAGUUUGAAGCAGACCGCGAGGUUAGCCAAUUGAGUCAGCAUUUAGCUUCGCUCAAGUUGAAAAGGGGUGUGCCGGAGCCAGGAAGGUUUAACUUUCACGAGAAUCUUCCAGUUACACCCCUCGACAACGAGGCAAGGCGCCAGGCUAAUCUUAUUAGAUUUUUCGAACGAUCCCCCACGAGGACAUCAUUACACAUCUACCAUAAGUGCAGGCCUCUUUUCGUCAGCUGCACCUUCUCACGCCGGAUAACCAUGAGCGACAUUUCACCCCUUCGACUCCGUCCGCCGACCAACAUCACUCAGAGGUUCACAACACAAAAUUCCCAUCCAAAAUCGAUUGGUGGUGAGCCAUCUGUUCCCCCCAUGCGCUCCAGCAAGCCACGGGUCGCAAGCGGGCCAUCUAGAUCCUCACUGGUCAGAAAUAUGGGUCCCUCCAAUGCGGAAAGAAAAAGAAAUUCAUCUUUGUCUCAGUCGUCGACCCUUUCAUCUCGCUUGCCGUCGUUUAAUGAAUUCACUGAUGACGUGAUGACUUCCACACGGCCAUCGACUCCUCCAUUAUCCAUUGCAUCGACGUCUUCAAAUGGGACAUCACAUAUAUCACGUGUGCCAUCAGAGACGCCACCACAAGCGCCUUCGGGAGGCGUGGCGACAAUUUACGCGAGUUCCUCGCCACGUUCGCAUAUGGAGAUCCUUGCAGAACUAGACGAGGACUCGGUCCGCGUGCCUGAGUAUGCUGUGAACCUAUUGGAGGAGUUUGAUCUUAUUCACCACGAUAUCACUCUUCCAGAGAGAAGUCUCUCCUUAAAGCCGAGGGAGGAGCCUGCAGUUGAAGUACCACGUCCCUCGGAAGAAUCGGACACAGGGCCUUAUACUUCAUUCGCUCUCCCUCCGUUCCAACCGGAUCCAUUGUGGUCCCACACAUCACUCAAUGCGCCUUCAACACCCCGGUCGCACGUGCCAACGCUGCACCCUCUUUCUUCUGGAUCAUCAACUCCCUCAGGCUUGAGCACUCCGACGGCCACACGGCCCACUACGCUGCCCUCGCGGCCACAUUCGCUCCUGUUUCUCAUGCGGAAGCGCAAGGACUUGCAGUGCAGCCCAGCAUCGUCAAUGUCAAACCUAGACGGGGACAGUGCGCGGGGGUCAAAGCGGCGGUUUUCGUUGUUCACGAGGAAGUAGUUGGACAUGAUUCGUUUUUGGACUUGAUCUGCUCAUUUGCAUGUAUUUACGAAUUGCGCAUAGUGUUCAAGUGGAUAAGUUUUGGUGCGUGUGAAGUACGGAGGCUACGGAUGAACCCGUAGCACAGUGGUAGCGCGUGAGAUUCCAGAGCUAUGGCUUGUAUCCUCAAGGUCAUCCGUUCAAUCCGGGUCGGGUUCAUAUUUUUUGCGU